AAUUGUUAUGUAGAUACAAAAACAUGUGUACAUGUGCGUAUGUGCGUCCAGGCAUGCGUACGUAGGUACGUACGUGUGUGUGUGUGCGUGCAUACAUACAUAUGCAUUUGUGUACUUUUGUAAACAUACUAACAAUUAAUUUUAUUAUAAAUAGUCUUCUAUUCAUAGAACACUUCUUCUUCAUUACAUUGCUUAAACUUGUUGCUAACUGCCCCCCUCCUCAAAAAAAGAAAAAAAAAGAGAAACAUGCAGUUUAUUGUAGAAACUCACUAAAUUGUUCUUUUUUUUAAAUUUUAAUUUGACCACAUUACAUAAUCACUUAGAAGAUAAUCACUGACGUGACUGUAUUAUCUAUAUCUAUAUCUCUAUAUACAUAAAAGAUAGUGACAAUAUUGUUCAAUGAAUCAAAAUAUCAUCUUAUUAUUAUUAUCCAUUAUAAUCUAUUAUCAUUUAUUUGUUGAUUUCACUUAUGGUAUAAAAAGUCAUAUAUGCAGCAAAUACAAUGGACAACCGGUGUGUUGUCCAGGUUGGAGAAAUGGUAUUGGAGCACCAUGUAUAAUACCUGUUUGUGCCGGUAAUUGUGGUGAACGUGGUGAAUGUAUCAAACCAAACACUUGUAUUUGUUCUGAUCGACGUCUUCGUUUCAGUUGUAAAGAAGAGGAUAUUGAUGAAGAAUCAGAUACAAUGCAACUUGAUCAAGCUGAAAAUCAAUGUCCGGAUAAUUGUAAUGAACAUGGAAAAUGUGAAAAUGGAGCAUGUAUUUGUCGAACAGGAUAUAGUGGAUUAAAAUGUGAAAUUAAACUAACAGGUGCUUGUUACAUAUCAUUGAAACGUGGAUUAUGUGUUAAUCCAAUGCAAUAUAGAAUAUCUCAAUAUGAUUAUGAAGCUAUUCCAUUAACUCAUGAAGUAUGUUGUAAUGCAUUAGGAAUUGCAUGGGGUGAACCAUGUCAAAUUUGUCAAAGUACACAUUGUGGAAAAGGAUAUGAACAAAUUGAUGGAGUAUGUAAAGAUAUUAAUGAAUGUGAAGUGGAUGGAGUUUGUCAACGAGGUCAGUGUAUCAAUGAAGAAGGAUCAUACAAAUGUAAUUGCCCAGAAAAUACACAUUUUGAUAAAUCAACGUUAGAUUGUGUUUACACAUUAAAAAUGCCAUGUGAGUUAGAUCCUCACAGAUGUCAUAAUGGAGGAAAAUGUAUAGAUCUACCAAGUGGUGAUUACAAGUGUAUAUGUCCGUGGGGAACUAGAACUUCACAAGAUAGAAAAUCCUGCAUAGAAGAUAAAGAAUUUCAUUUUGAUAUAUGUCAAUUAUAUAAAUCAUCUGUAUGUAAAAAUGGUCAAUGUAUACCACGUGGGAAUACAUAUGAAUGUAUAUGUAAUGAAGGUUUUGAACCGUCAGAAGAUCGUAAAACAUGUCAAUAUAAAGUUGAUAUUUGUUCUGUUCAUCGAGGAUAUUUAUGUACUAAUGGACAUUGUAUACCAGCUGGUCGUGAUUUCUUUUGUGAAUGUAAUCCCGGUUUCACUUUAUCCUAUGAUCGUAGAAGAUGUAUGAGUAAAUGUGAAGAAUUAGGACCAAGUAUUUGUCCAAAUGGUUAUUGUAUUGCUUUGUCAAAUGGUGAUUAUGAAUGUCAAUGUGAAUUAGGUUAUCAAAGUACAUCGGAUCAUAAAAAAUGUAUCAUGCAAAUGAAAGAACCUAAUUCGAAUGUACAUUUUACAAAAUCUGUUCAAUAUUACAAAAAUAGUUACUAUGGUAAUAAAGAAAAUGAACCUUAUGAAAAUCCAAUAGAAAUGAACAAACCACAAAUUGAUCAUUCUGAAGUUGAUGAUGAAAAGUCAUAUAACUGGUGGCAAAGUGACAGUUUAUCAAAGAAACAACAUAAAUCCUAUUCACAGUAUAAACAACAAGACUCAUCAGAUGUAUUAUAUAAAAAACCUAAACUAUUGCAUUUACGCGGAACAAGUCUUCGAUCAACACCAUGUGGUCAAGAUGAUAUUGUAAAGAAAUGCAAUGGAGGAAUUUGUUUAAAUCUUGGUGGUGAUGGAUAUAUUUGUGAAUGUCUACCUGGAUAUUUAGCAAUCAAUGGAGGGCGUGCCUGUGUAAAACAUAAAGAAGGAGCAGACAGUGUAUUGCAAAAUGAUGAAAGUGUUGAAGAUAUCAGAAAAUCUUUUCAUCCAGUAAACAUUAAACAAUAUAAUUAUAUAAACCAUUUACAGAAAGAUUCCUAUACACAAUUAUAUAAAUAUCAAUCACCAUGUAGUCGGAAUGAUGUGCUAAACAAAUGUGAAUGGGGUACAUGUUUGAAUCUUGGUAGAAAUUCUUAUAAAUGUGAUUGUUUACCAGAAUAUCAAUUUACACAAACAGAAGGUUGUAUUCGUAAGAUUCAUAAAGAUUCUUCACAAUUACAAAAUAAAUCAACAUCAUUACAUAAUACAACAAUUUUUUAAUACAAUUCUAUGGAUUCAUUAAAUAAGUUAGUAUAUUUUCAAUUAAUAUAUAUAUAUAUAUAUAUCAAACUAGCUAAUAAUCAAUAAGUCAUACAAUUAGCUUUCUUCACUAUUUGAACAUGCAUGAACAUUCACAAAUGUAAAUUACUUCAAAACAUUGAAAUUAGCUAUUUUACAAAUAUGGUAGAAAUAUUAACAAUUUAAUGAUCCUCUUAAUAUAGAAUAUUUGGCCAACAUUAGGAUUAUGCGAUAUGCAUAAUUACAACAACAACAUAAAAACAUCGAAUCAAAUUCUUCUCUUUUUUCUUCAUAUGGAUAUCAUCGUUGAUUCAUUUAAAGAAUUUUCACUAGAUAUAUAUUAUAAUCAAUUUCAUAUCUGAUAUCAAAUAUUUGCAUGAAAAAUUUUAAUAGAGAAUUAUUUAUUUUGAAAUUCCUUUUCUUUUCUGACAUCAUUUUGACAAGUACCGCCCCCCCCCCAACAACAACAAAACACACACACACCACCACCACCACGAUCACUAUCUGUAAAACUUUAUAGUUCACAGGAAAGAAAAAUGAACAACUUGAAAUCAUAUCCUUUGUUCAUGGUAAUACUCAUCUUAUUUUAUCACUGUCUGUAUGUGUGUGUGUCAGUUAUUCCUAUUUAAACAACAUAAUAUUUAUUUAAUCAAAAAUAUUUACAAAUUUAUCAUCAUUAGAAAUGUGUUUAAAAGUCAAUUGUCUAUUUCAUAUACAUAUAUAUAAUGGUUUGAAUUAUUUUG